UCGCGGUCAAAAGUGGGCGUGUUCAAUGUUAGUUUUAAAUGUUGUAUUCAAGUAGGAGGACGCUGGGUUGAUCGGAAAUCUCAAAACAAACUGAAGAAGCCAACGUUACAAUCUCGUCAUAUUAGCUACACAAGGAAGCUGAAACUAUCUAAGAAGAUGUUUCAGAGUAAGAACAUCUACCACUACUUAUUGUUGGCGAGCCAGCUGAUCUGUUCAUCCGCGGUACCCCUGAGCGUGGACAAGACGAAAAUGAAGCCCCCAGAAGAGAAACCUUCGGACACAGGGCUACACUACGACCGAUACCUCAGGGAAGUGAUCGAUUUCCUGGAAAAAGACCCGCAUUUCAAAGAAAAGCUCCACAACACAGACAUUGAGGACAUCAAGCAAGGGAAGUUGGCCAAGGAGCUGGACUUUGUGAGCCAUCAUGUAAGGACCAAACUGGAUGAGCUGAAGAGGCAGGAAGUUAGCCGUUUAAGAGUGCUGAUCCGAGCCAAACAAGAAAUUGAGGGGGCGAAUGGCAAGGUAGUGGAUCACCAGGCUAUGCUGAGACAGUUCCAGUACCUAAACCACAGGAACCCACACACUUUUGAGGUUGAGGACCUGGACCGGCUCAUUCAAUCGGCAACAAAUGACCUGGAGAACUAUGACCAGAGGCGCCACGAAGAGUUCAAGCGCUACGAGAUGAUGAAGGAGCACGAGCGGAGGGAGAUGCUGAAGACACUGGAUGAGGAGAGGAGGAGGAGGGAGGAGGAACACUAUGAGGAGAUGAAGAAGAAGCAUGCCGACCACCCUAAAAUCAACCACCCGGGCAGUCAGGACCAAUUUAAGGAGGUCUGGGAGGAGGCUGACGGUCUGGACCCCGAGGACUUUGACCCCAAGACAUUUUUUAGUCUGCAUGACACAAAUGGAGAUGGCUUCUUGGACGAGCAGGAGCUGGAGGCACUAUUCACUAAGGAGCUUGAGAAGAUCUACGACCCCUCCAAUGUGGAAGAUGAUAUGGUGGAGAUGGAGGAGGAGAGACUGCGCAUGAGGGAGCACGUUAUGAACGAGGUCGACACAAACAAGGACCGGCUGGUCUCCCGGGAGGAGUUCAUGGUCGCUACGAGAAAGAAGGAAUUUCUUGAGCCAGACAGUUGGGAGACACUGGAACAGAACCAGGCCUUCACUGAGGAAGAGCUGAGGGAAUUUGAGGAGCACCUGGCCAAAGAGGAGGAGGACCUGCAGCAGAGAACCCUGGAUCUGCGGCAGCAGCAGGAGGAGCUGGAGAGACAGCAGCAGCAGCUGAAUGCCCAGAAACAGGAACUCCAGCAGGCUGUUGAGCACAUGGCAAGUUUAAAACUUCAAACUGCAGACCCUCCUGCACAGGAUAAAGAUGGAGACACAGCCGCUGGAGCCCCACCCGCCAACUCCCAGCUUCUGGUCCAGGGCGUCCAUCCGGAAACGCCAGCACACUUAUAACCUGCCCUGUGUGUGUGUGUGUGUGAGCGUGUGUGUAUGUGUGUGUGAGAGAUUUUGCAUGUUCUGUGUACAGCUCAGACAGUGUAUGCACUUACACAGACUAACAAUCUGUGUGGAUUUACAGAUUGUCCGGUGUUUGUCCACUAAAACACUUACCUUUACAGCAAAGAUGCAUCUCGGUACAGACUAUAAAAUAUGAAAUCAUUUUGUUAUUCAGUGUUAUUGGGGACUUUGAAUAUUCAUGGUGACAUUAUCUAAAUCUACUGUAAAUGAGCCAGAAUGUUUAAGACUGCUCUACAGAGCAUGGCAAAGUUCAUUUAUGUACUGUGGAUUGUACGUGACAUUUCUGCUCUGAUGCAUAGUUUAUAUUUUAUAUUAACAAAUUCAAAGACCACUAUCUCUGAACAAAGAAUACUUAUCCUUGUGAAGACGGGUGUACUGUGAAAGUUUUUCAAAUUUAAAAUGAACCUACAAGUGCACUGCAAGACCAAUUUAACCCUACAGGUUUGGUUCAUUUAAAUUCUGAUUUCUAGAAUUAAAUUCACUUCAGUAAGGAACUAUCUAGUUACUUCUGCUUUAAAUUUUCCUCCGGAUUUCCAGAAUUCCCCUGUAGGUCUCAUACCCUUUAUGCACUGAUGAGGUCGGCUUAAUGAGGAUAAGAGAGAAGUGAGUCCAAUUGAAUUGGUGCAAUUCUUGCAUGGCGUCAAACGAGAAACCAAUCCUGAGUACAAAGCAUUGCCAAUAAAAAUUUCACAGUAGCCUGGCCUCUGUCCUGAGCUCAACUAAAGGGGGGAGAAAGAUGCUCAAGGAGGGGUGGAUAGCUGCAAGAACACUUGGGGGGAGGAGGGGGACACUGGCCUUACAAGAAAGUAUUUAGGUACUACACACCACUUCUGAUGUUUGAAACGUAAUGGCCCUUUGUGCUUGCCUGUAUAGCACCAGCUCCCUUCAGAAGCUCAGAACAAAACUCAUGGGUGUGAACAAAUUCCUGUGUGUAUGAACACAACAGGCAUAUAUUCUCUACCUCUUUCAACCUGUUUUUUUUUCCGCUUUAAGGAAGAAUUUUCAUCUGUCGGCACUGCUGGGAGUAGAUGCUAUCAGCUGAAAGUGAAUGUCUCCUCACAGUUGAAUGUACCGUACUGGAAAUCACCAGCACAGCUUUUACCAAAGCCAGGGCUCUGUAUUGUUCUCAUCUGUAUGAUUUACAAAAAAUAAACACAGCUGUACUUUUGA